CUGAUACCAUCUUCCCCAGCCCGUACCAUUGUCAGGGACUAUCGACUGCACGCGAUUGAUAUAAAAGACAUCAGUGGUACAGAUAUACGCCACAAGCAUACGUCGACACUGAAUAUCACAAACACACUAUUACAGUUAAACCCUGAAACGUACAAUACAUACCCUCAAGAUGGUGAAGGCAUGGAUUCACGACAAUGAUCAGACCAUUGACCAGCGGGAGCUGCACCAAAGGACACCCAACGUGGAGGUGUCUUUGGCACAGUUGGAGAAGGUUGGUGUUUUGUACUGGAGUAUCACAGACGAGGAAAAGAUUGACGAGAUUUGCAAAGAAAGGAACUACAAGAAUAGAGACGAGAUCACAUGCUCGCCUCAAAAACUGCCCAAUUACGAAGACAAAAUCAAAAGCUUCUACGAAGAGCAUUUGCAUGAGGACGAGGAAAUCCGAUACAUUAAAGCGGGUACUGGUUACUUCGAUGUGCGUAGUCAGAAGGACGAGUGGAUCCGCAUCGCCGUAGAGACGGGGGAUCUCUUAAUCUUACCAGCAGGCAUCUACCACCGUUUUACGCUGGAUACAAAUAAUUUCGUGCACGCACUCCGAUUGUUCAAAGACGAGCCUCAAUGGGUCCCAAUCAAUCGCCCAGCGGACGACAAUGAACAGCGCCAAAGCUACCUGAAGACCAUCUCGGCAUAGAACUAAAAUUCACAGCCUGUAGUUACGGCUAUCAUCCAAGCAAUAAAGCUUUCCAGUCAAUAUUAGUGGCUCUACCCUGCA